AUGGCCACCGCCGAAAAGACUCAGGAACAGCAGAAGAAGUUCGAAGUGCCCGACGAAUAUGAGUCCGGGGAGGAUUACGAUAGCGCUGAUGGUGAUUACUCGGACGAGGAAGAGCAGAAUGUCCCAGUCCAAAACAACCAGCUGCAACGUCGCCGUCGACAACAACAACCUAAGCAGCAAGAUGAACUUGAGGACAUCUCGGACGAAGAUGAUUAUUACUCGGAUGAAUAUGAUGACGAAUAUUCCGACGGUGAAAAUGAGAUUAUGGAGGGAUAUCGAGAGCGUGACGACGACUUCACUCCCAGUGGAGGAAUGAACGUGAUUGAUGAGAAGAAGAAAAGCAUUGAUGAUGAGGAAGGCAUGAAGCUCAAAUUGGAAUUGAAUCUGGAGAUUGAAGUAGAGCUUAAGGCUCGCAUUCAUGGAGAUCUGACCCUGGCUCUAAUGUAA